ACAUGGGAAUUAGAAUAAAUAUUAGAAAAAAAGAUUUUAAUUGAAUAAAAUAUUGCGUAAAUUAAAAAAGAAUGUCUUUUUGCUGUAGCUUACACCCUGUGCAUUUCCGUUAUGUCACGUGAUUUCCAAGAAUUCAAUUCCAACAUUUUCAAUUUGAAACUACAUAGCAAAUGAAAGAUUGACGCAUUUAAUAAAAAAUUGUAACGAAAGGAAUAAAUCAAAGCUGUUUUUCUUCAAUCAUUUUCAAUUAAGUGUGGCCACAAAAGUAAUAAUGAAGAGGGCCACAUAGCGUCAAAAUAAACAAGAAAGACGCGCUAGUUGCAUGAAAAAUAGACCGACAAUAAAAAAAUCAUCAAAAUUAUGUCUGUAACUUUGUUUCUAUGCUGGCUUAAUAUCGUAACAAUGCUGUCAACAGUUGUGCUUGUCACAGACUCUUGUUCAAGCACUUUUGGAAGUCGAAAAACAAAGCGAAUUAUUGAAGCUUCCUCUCCAGCAUUGACGACUAAGACAGUAACCAUUCCAUCGACAACUUUAUUAAGAGAUACCACCAAAUUGACAGAGCCAAAGGAGACGAUUGUAGCACAAGAAACUGACAAAACGUUCAAAUUCGAGGGAUAUAGACACGAGAUCGCUUGUGGUGGUCAGUAUCAAAUGGACUUCUGUUUGAACGGCGGCACGUGUUAUAUUCACAAAUAUCGAGACGCCAGCCUUUAUUUCUGCAAGUGUCCUUCGUACUUCCAUGGACAUAGAUGUCAAGAGAAACAAUUGGAAGGUAGUUAUGGGGGCGGAAAAGUGGGAAUCCGUAGAAGUCGGAUCCGUCGCCAGAUUUCACAAUCUGAAAAGAAACUUCGAACUGGACAUAGAGGUCAUCAUCUUCAUCAAAGAACGCAUAAAAAUGUGACAACUACAAGAAUUCCUUAAAUAUCAUAUUUCGUAUUUAACUUCUAAUAUCGACAAUAAUUAAACGGCUCCAUAACAACAACAAAAAAAUAAGAAGAAAAGUAUUGAUACUUAAUGCAAAAUCUUAAACAAUUUUCCUUCAACGAUUCUUUGCACAAGAAAUAUGAAAUACUUUCUUAUCUUAGUAAUGUUCAUUAGAUUUUCAAGGUUUUGAUAACUUUGAUUUUUUUUUGUAAUGAUAUUUGUGCUUGAUAUAUUUGAGCAAUAAUAAUAGGGGUGUCAUUACAAAAUUUAUAGAAAAUAUUAUCAAUAAAUAAAAUCAUUGAUCAGAGAAUAUUAAUUUUAAAUAA